AUGUGCAAAUCUCCCACCCACACGUUCCUCGCGGACCUCCCAAAAUGUGAACAUCACCUCCAUCUAGAAGGCUGCCUCAGUCCAAGCCUUCUCUUCACUCUGGCCUCUAAAAACAACAUCGCCUUACCAUCACCGUCUGAGGAUGUCGCUUACACAUCACCCGCAACACUCACGGAACGCUACUCACAUUUCACCAACCUGGAUGACUUCUUGGCGUAUUAUUACCGCGGCAUCGCAGUCGUAGUGCACGAAGAAGACUUUGAAAUGCUUGGUUGGGAGUACUUUACGACAGCAGCCAAGGACGGAGUUCGCCAUGCAGAGGUCUUCUUCGAUCCACAAAGUCAUACAGAAAGAGGUAUUGACUUUGAUGUUGUGGUACGUGGCUUCAACGCCGCGAGAGUACGUGCAGAGAAAGAGCUGGGGAUAACGAGUUGUCUGAUUAUGUGUUUUUUAAGGCAUUUGCCUGCUAGCUCAGCGGCGGACGCCAUGGCGUUGGCUGUCAAGGGCGGGCACUUUGAUGUUAAGAGCGACGGUCAGGAGCGCGCUAUUGCUGGACUUGGGCUCGACUCAUCGGAGGUGGGAUUUCGCCCAGAGCUCUUUGUGGAUAUGUAUCGUGAGGGCGAAAAGAAAGGUCUACGGAGGACAGCCCAUGCGGGUGAAGAGGGUGACCCAACAUAUAUCAGCGGAGCACUCGAUGCGUUAUAUGCCGAGCGCAUCGAUCACGGCAUUCGACUCACAGAAGAUGCUGAACUUCUCCGUCGGGUGGUAGAAGAGGAGGUACUAUUGACUGUUUGUCCACUGAGCAACGUCUGCCUUCAAGCUGUGAAGAGCGUUAGUCAGGUGCCAAUCAAGACAUUCCUCGAGGCAGGUGUAAAGUUCAGUAUCAACAGCGACGACCCAGCGUACUUUGGUGGUUACGUCCUGAACAAUUACUGCGCAGUGCAAGAGGCUUUUAACUUGAGCAUGGAAGAAUGGAGGACAAUCGUUAGCAAUUCGAUUCACGGCAGUUGGACAGGUGAAGAACGGAAGUCUGAGUUGCUGGGCCUGCUUGAUGCUUGCAUGAGCAAACAUGUUUAG